AGGAACUUCCGUUGUUUCAGUCUCCUCUGAUUGGUUAAAUUUGAAAAAUAUUUAGUCCGCGAGGUAGAGGGAACGUUGGAGCUGGAAGCAAGAAAUCAAACCAUAACAUUUCACCAUGAUACGACCUACGAAGCAUAAAACCCCCCGUCGACCUGCUCCAAAGAAGCAAUCCAGCAACCAGAAAGAUCCAGUUGGUGUUUACUGUCGUGUGAGACCUCUUGGAGUGGAGGAUGAGGAGUGUUGUAUUGAGGUGAUCAGCAACACCACCAUCCAGCUACACGCUCCUGACGGACUCAAAGCCAACAGGAAUGGCGAGUUCAAGGAGACGCAGUACUCCUUCAAGAAGGUGUUCUGCAUUAAGACGUCCCAGAUGGAAUUGUUUCAGGAUGUUGCCAAGCCCCUAGUGGAUGACCUCAUUCACAGUAAAAAUGGUCUGCUGUUUACCUAUGGGGUGACGGGCAGUGGGAAGACCUUCACUAUGACUGGGUCUCCAGGACAGGGGGGGCUCCUGCCCCGCUCCCUGGACAUGAUCUUCAACAGCGUCGGCCCUUACCAGGCCAAACGAUUCGUGUUAAAGACCGAUGAUAAGAAUGGUAUGGAGGUCCAGAAUCAGGUGGAUGCUCUGUUGGAGCGCCAGAAGAGGGAAAACCAGCCAACUGUUGUCCCUAAAACACCCUCCAGGCAGAGGCUGGACCCAGAGUUUGCAGACAUGAUCAACCCAGAGGAGGCCUGCCGGGCGGACGGGGUGGACGAGGACAGUAGCUACAGUGUGUUUGUGUCCUACAUCGAGAUAUACAACAACUAUAUCUAUGAUCUGCUGGAAGAAGCCCCCUACGACCCCAUCAAACCCAAGUGGAAUGGAGGAGGUACUCCUCAGAGGCAGCCCAACCAAGAGUUCAUACCGCCCCAGUCUAAGCUCCUAAGAGAGGACCAGAACCACAACAUGUAUGUGGCCGGCUGCACCGAGGUAGAAGUUAAAUCUACAGAAGAGGCCUUUGAAGUGUUCUGGAGAGGACAGAAGAAGAGGCGUAUAGCCAACACUCAGCUCAACAGAGAGUCCAGCCGCUCCCACAGUGUCUUCAUCAUCAAACUGGCCCAGGCCCCUCUAGAUGCAGAUGGGGACAACAUCUUACAGGAUAAGAACCAGGUGAACGUCAGCCAGCUGUGCCUGGUUGACUUGGCGGGGAGUGAGCGCACAAGCAGGACCCGGGCUGAGGGCAACCGCCUCAGAGAAGCAGGGAACAUCAACCAGUCGCUCAUGACUCUGAGGACGUGUAUCGAAGUGCUUCGGGAGAAUCAAAUGUGUGGCACAAACAAGAUGGUUCCAUACCGUGACUCCAAGGUGACUCACUUGUUCAAGAACUACUUUGACGGGGAGGGUAAAGUACGGAUGGUUGUAUGUGUCAAUCCUAAAGCCGACGACUACGAAGAAACCAUGCUGGUGAUGCGUUUUGCUGAGAUGACCCAGGAGGUGGAGGUAGCCAGGCCCGUGGACAGGCCCAUCUGUGGCUUAGCUGCUGGGCGCCGGCAGAAAAACCAAGCCUUCAAAGACGAGUUGUCGCGACGCCUGGAGGAACGAGGAGGUCCUGUCAAUACAGAAUCCACCCAGUCAGUGAUGCACCAACUGCUCCAGAACCUUCCCCCUCUGCCUGCCAGCGAGAUCACGGACCCCCAUGAUGACGUCACGCUGCCCCGCCUCAUAGCGGUGCUGGAGAAGAGACACAAGAUCAGGCAGAUGAUGACCCAGGAGUACAACAGGGCUGCCGACAUGUUGAAGUCCAUGCUCCAGGAGCUGGACAGUAGCCUGGUCUCCAAGGAGAACUUGAUCCAGGACCAGAGAGGUCAACUGGGAGAGAAGGACAAGACCCUUCAUAGCCAGAAGACUGAGAUUGACCGUCUGGAGAAGAAGUCCAAGAUGCUGGAGUACAAGAUUGAGAUCCUGCAGAAGACCACCAACAUCUAUGAGGAUGACAAGCGUACGCUGCAGCAGGAGCUGGAGAGCAGAGAGCAGCGUCUGCAGAGAGAGCAGACGGAGAAGAGACGCAUGGAGCAACGCAUGCAGGGCAUGGUCCAGGACACCAAGCACAAGUGGGAGAAGGAGUGUGAGCGUCGUGUGUGUGCCAAGCAGCUGGAGAUGCAGAACAAGCUGUGGGUGAAAGACGAGAAGCUGAAGCAGUUGAAGGCCAUCGUGACGGAGAGCAAGACCCCCUCAGACCAGCGCCCCGCCCCCGACAAGCCCCAGCGCCCCUCCCGGGAGAGGGACCGCGUUCCCGCCAAGAGAUCGGCCUCGCCGUCACCCGUUCCCACGGGUCCCCCGGUGCGUGCGGUCCACAGGCGCUCUCACUCUGCGGGCGGGGAGAGGUGGGUGGACCACAAGCCGUCGUCUAACGUGGAGCUGGACACGGUGAUGCAGCCCAUCCUGGGUUCCAAUGCCAUUAAGGUCUCGGCCCCCAGCGAGAAGGCCCUAGCCAAAUGUGACAAGUACAUGCUCACUCACCAAGACGUGGCCUCUGAUGGAGAGAUACAGACCAAACUCAUUAAGGGUGAAGUGUUCAAGACACGAGGGGGAGGACAGGCAGUCCAGUUCACUGAUAUAGAAACUCUGAGACAGGAGCUCCCCACUGGACCAAGCCGUAAGAGGAGGUCGUCAGAGGGCAACACUGCCCAGGGGGGCGACCGUAUGGAGGGAGACUGGACAGAUGUGGAGACCAGGUGUUCUAUGGCUGUGGAGAUGAGGGCUGGAUCUAACCUGGGUCCAGGCUACCAGCACCAUGGACAUCAGAAACGCAGAAAGCCCUGAAGAUCCUGUCUGGGCUGCUCCAUACACCCCCCCCCCUGUCCUCAGCCCUCACCCCUCCCUCUGUCCUCUGCCCCUCCCUCCUCCUUUUCCCCUCCCUCCUCACCUCCACGCGGCUGGUGUGCAAUAGCUAACACUCUGGAAACGUUUUAUUUUUAAUCUUUAGCCUUAGUAACAACUAUUUAAACAUUUCCUAUUGCUUUUUUUAUAUAUGAAAAACAGUGUGUAUACACUACCGUUAAGUUCGGGGCCACUUAGAAAUGUCCUUGUUUUUUGAAAGAAAAGACACAAAAAAUUCCAGUAAAAUAACAUCGAAUUGAUCAGAAAUACAGUGUAGACAUGAUAAUCUUGGAUUAGAUAACACAACGUGCCAUUGGAACACAGGUGUGAUGGUUGCUGAUAAUGGGCCUCUUUACGCCUAUGUAGAUAUUCCAUUAAAAAUCAGCAGUUUCCAGCAACAAUAGUCAUUUACAACAUUAACAAUGUCUACACUGUAUUUCUGAUCAAUUCAAUAUUUUAAUGGACAAAGGAAGUGAUUUUCUUUUAAAAAACUUAAAAAACAAGGACAUUUUCAAGUGACCCCCAACUUUUGUACAGUAGUGUGUGUGUGUGUGUGUGUAUAUAUACAUCAACUUAUUUUGUAAAAUAUUUAAUAUUUUGGUGUGUGGUGUGGUCCCAUAUAAAGCCAGUAUUAACUGAAUGCAUCAUGAUUCAGCCAAAGAUGGACUGCUGUGGUUCAUAACGAACUGGGCCUGUUGACAAUAUAACAAUAGUUCAAUGUUUUCAGAUUGACUUGAGUUUUUCUGUCAUUAGUUUUUUUUAUAAGGAGAGUUGUAUUUUGUUAGGUGGCACAUGGGCAAGUCAGUGAAGAGUAGCCUGGUUUCAGAUCCAUUUGUACUGUGUUGCUAAAUACUAUAGUUAUUGUGGCGUGACAAUGAGCACAGGAGUUGACAAGACGACACAGAUCUGAGACCGGGCUAAUGUCGGGAUACAUUUUGUUCAGUGAAAUAUUUUCUCUGCUGAUUUUCUGUCUGUUUGAAACUAAGUUCAAGCCUUCAUUCAUUUUCACUUUAGUUUUGAAUCAGCUGAUAUAUUAUAUUAUUCAUAUUUCUCUGCUCGUUUUGUAAAGAUAUUUUAUUCUGGUUUGAACUAAACUGAUCUCCACGGCUUUGAUUGUAAAAGUAGUUUAGGAAUUAAAUUCCUUUCAAAACA